AUGAUGUCGGAGUACUAUGAUCAUUAUCAUCGUUGGGAACCACUUGCUGAAUUUCAUUUCAAUGUUGAUGGUGAGGAAGAUAUUUAUGAAGAUGAAAAUUAUAUUUAUUGUCUCUGCAGUAGAGCAUUUAUAAGAGAUGGAGUUAGGACGUAUUAUGUUGAUAAAGACGUCAGUGAGAGUGAUAUUGAAGUCGCGCGGGAUUCCCCAUCUCAAGAUCUAGAGGACCAUUCUCAUGUUCAUUUCUCUGUUGAUACAUCAUUUCAAGCUAAAUGCGAGAAAGACGAAGGUGCAAGUUGUUAUUGCAGUGCCUCUCAUACUGAUAAUUAUUGUUCUACCGAUGAACAUGACCCUCAGUUGCAAGGAAUCACAUCAAAUGCACUACAACCAAGUGACAGUGGUGCUGACCUCACAUACCAAGACUGUCACUCUGAUUACAUUAAUCAUGAUAAAAUAGAAAAAAUGGACCAAGACUUUGAUACCCAAGUCACUGAAAUUUGUGAGAACUAUCAUUCUGAAGAUUCUUGGGAUAAAUUCUGGGCUGUUAAUGGAGAAAGGAUUAUCUGGGCAUCAUGGAUAAAAAAGUACAGUGAUUAUAUUAAUCCUUCAUAUUUAGAUGAUAACAAUGACUUGCUUUUGGAUGAAAAUAACACACCACAGCAACAAUCCAAUGAUCGUAUUUACCAAGAACAGAAUGAAAUGCAAAAUACAGAAGAUACAGAUGAUAAUAUCAGAGAAAGAAAGUACUCUUAUGACUCUAAAAUAAAUCCUUAUAGAAGAAGUAAACCAAGUGAAAAAGGGGAUAAAAUUGAUAAGUCGAGUGACUCAACAUACAGUAAUGAGGAUGCUUGGUUACCUUUAAGCAGAAAACGUUCCUGUUCAGAGCAUGAAAGGAUUGUGAGUCCAAGGACCUUUGCAGGAACAGACUCAAUGACAAAUGUAACUAAAAUUACAUUGUCAAGCUGUGAUGUCACUUCUGAUCAUAUUUCAUCUGAGUCAACAUCACCAGAUGUUUAUAGCGUUUCUUCAUCUCCAUCUGAAGAUCAAUCUAAUGAUCAGACACGAAUAGCCAAUAUAAAUGUUGAUGAAAAUUUUGAUCAAGAAUCCGAGGAAAUGGAUACAGAGCAGUAUUGGCAGUUUUUGUGGAAGAAACAUUUUGGAGAGCAGUAUGCACUACACUAUGCAAACUAUAUAGAAUCACAUGCAUCAAAUACCAUAAAAGAAGACAAAACCAUAGGUAGCAGCCCCAACAUAGAUAUUGUGCCAGAAAAAAAAGUUAUUGAAGUGGAUUUAGAGAAUAGUGAAGGAAACUCUCAAGAAAUGCCAUCUGUUAUUGAAGUACAAGAACAAGUUGAUAAAAUUAAGUUAGAUGAUAAAGUCUCCAAGCCAAAGAAAAGGAAUAAGAAAACGAGCAGUAAAUAUAUUGGUUCAGUUGGUGUUUUAUUACAGAACCUGUUAAAAGAGCAGCAACAAAAAGAAACAGAAUCAAAUGAAGUUGUGGAAGGUAAUGAGGGAAAUGACAAGAAAGAAGCUAACGAAGGUGUAACAAAUACUGUUUUAGAUAAUGCAAAUACUGGUGUAAGUAACAAUCAAACAAGAAUAAAUAAUAGUAACUUACACAAUUAUAGUUAUGACGAUGGAGAUGAUGACCCUCCUGAAGAAAGGCCUGUGUCAUUAAAAAGAAGUCAUGAAAUUGAUGAAGCGGAAGUAUCUUCAGAAAAGAUAAAGGCAACGUUUGAAAUAAUGGGUUUCUGUUUGAACUCGGACAACAUGCCCAAAGGUCAAUUAGUAUAUAGAAAGCGCGUAGGAAGGCUCAGACCGCCGCGUUAUAAGAAAUUUGGGGAGUCAAAAAAGACUUACUUUGAUGAUGACGGAAACGCAUAUCAGGGCCAUGAAUCUCAAGAAGAAAAAGAAAUGCAGACUGACAAUGAUUGUUUGGAAGCACAAUCAGAUAAAGGCACAGUUAAUCACGAUUUAAAGAAAAAAGACAAUAUUGAAGCAACGGAAAACACGAAUUUUGAUGUCCAAAACAAAGUUACAGAUGAAGAUCCAGCUAACCAAGAUGUGGACAUUGUGUUGGAAGCCUCUUCCGUUGCACUUCCGCCAGAUUUUGAUAAUUCCUUUAGUGAUUCACCAGAUAAUAAUGAUGGAGAAACGAAAUGUGAUGAGGAGCUGAUAGUUCCACUUCAAAUAGAUCAGAUAAAGCGUCGUCGGAGACCAAAGCGCUAUUCGAAGUUUGAAGCUUCUGGGGAAGCGAUUGAUACUUCAGACAUACCACCGGAGCUUGUUGGUGAACCAAAGAUGAUGAAGUAUUGGAAGAAGAGACAUUCUUUAUUUCAUAGGUUUGACGAGGGCAUAAAACUGGACCGGGAAAGUUGGUUCAGCGUUACACCUGAGAAUGUCGCCUGGCAUAUCGCUAGUAAAUUCGCUUUCGACACCGUGAUCGAUGCCUUUUGCGGUGCUGGCGGCAAUACAAUACAGUUUGCCCGCACCUGUAAGAAAGUGAUAGCAAUAGACAUUGACCCAUUGAAGAUAGAAAUGGCAAAGCACAAUGCUUCAGUGUAUGGUGUUGAAGAAAACAUUGAGUUUAUAGUCGGUGAUUUCUUCGAGCUGGCACCCAACCUGUCAGCUGAUAUGGUAUUCCUGAGUCCACCAUGGGGUGGUCCCAAUUAUUCUGCGAACCAUCAAUACGACAUUGAAACAAUGUUGGAGCCAAAGCCUGCUUCGGAGUUGAUGAAGGUGGCCGGAUCUAUAACAUCCAAUAUUGCAUUGUAUUUACCAAGAAACACCAAGUCCGAUCAGAUCCUGACCUUGGCGCAAGAAACGGGCGGUUCUGUGGAAGUUGAACAAAGUUAUCUCGACAAAAGAUUCGUCGCGAUCACGGCUUACUUUUAU